AUGCCUUCCCAGAGAACAGAUAUGGAAAUUCGAAAUGAUACAAAUGGAGAUAUCACAAUCAAAGUAUCGCAAGUUUCGAACUCAGAUUGGGAUGGCGAUUCUCGACCAGAUCAUACGUUUCACGAUGUAGUGAUUCCUCCUCACUCUUCGAAAAAAGCACGACAGGAGUUAAAUAGUACACCAAUGGGAGGUCC